ACUGUCUUCAAAGUUGAAAUUAAAAAGUUCAAACGACACUGCCCGCCUUAGAACAUACCAGUAGGAAGCCUUUUGCUCUUUUUCCUGCGACGGGCAUGGAAGAAGAAAACACAUCUCCUCCAUCACCAGAACUUACAGAAAAAGAUAAACAAAGGAUCGAAGCUAAUCGUUUGCGUGCAUUAGCCAAACGCAAAAACUUUUUGUCCCAACAAAAUUAUUCUUCUUCAAAUCCUCUAAACCCAAAAGCAUCAAAUGAUUGCUGGAAAUUAUUCAAAUCUCGAAAACUAAGUAACCCAUCUACGAUUACGCCUGUUUUCCCCAAAUUAGAACCCCAUUCUUCUCCUUUAAGGUUUCUGGCUCGACUUGAAAUAUGCUCUUCUGAUUCAUUCUCCAUUACUCCUGAUUCUCUUCAAGGGUUUCCUUUUCCGGGUCAAGCUAAGUGUUUCAAUGUUUUAGAGGGUUGCCUUUCAAAUGUUAUGUUGGAGCAUUAUACGCAAAUUCAUGGUGGUGGGGAGGCAUCUGUUUAUAAACUUAGAGAUUAUGAUGCAGUUGUUAAAUGCUUAAAGAACUACAAGGACAUUGUAGUUGAAGAAAUACCAUGGACAACUUAUAAUGUGAUGCAAAAUCUUUCUCAUCCCUAUGUUUCAGGACAAUGGAUACCAUGUUGGCCCGAGCAUUUGUCCGAUGAGAAGGUUGAGGAACUGAUAAAGAAACUACCAAGAAAAUUGUUAGAUACUCUUUUACCUUUUCAGAUUGACGGACUUAAAUUUGGAUUGCAAAGGGGGGGUCGGUGUCUUAUUGCUGAUGAGAUGGGGCUUGGAAAGACCCUUCAGGCAAUUGCUAUUGCAAGCUGCUUUGCCGAUGAAGGCUCAAUACUAGUGGUUUGCCCUGCUAUCUUGCGAUAUUCUUGGGCGGAAGAAUUGGAACAUUGGCUUCCAUGUUAUUUGCCACAAGAUAUUCACCUUGUGUUUGGUCGUAAAGACAAUCCUGUGCAUUUGAAGAGACGUCCGAAAAUUGUGGUCAUUUCAUAUACAAUGCUGAGUCGCUUGAAAGAAAGUAUAAUGCAGUUGCGAUGGGAAAUUGUCAUAAUUGAUGAAUCACAUCAUAUACGGUGUUCUAAGAAGAAAUUAGAGCCUAGAGAGAUAAGAGCUGUUAUUGGUGUGGCAUCGCUAGCUGAACGCUUAAUUCUUCUGUCUGGAACUCCAUCUUUGUCAAGACCGUUUGAUAUCUAUCAUCAAGUAAAUAUGUUAUGGCCUGGUCUGCUAGGUAAGGACAAGUUUGAGUUUGCAAAAACUUAUUGCUCUGCAAAGUUUGUCAAAGAUUUUCAAGGGCAUACAUUCAUGGAUGUGUCGAAGGGUACUCGCUUGGAGGAGCUGAAUGUUUUACUCAAACAAACUGUCAUGAUACGUCGCUUGAAGGAGCAUUUGCUGGUGCAGUUACCUCCUAAACGUCGACAGAUAAUAAGGUUAUCUCUGAAAAAGUCAGACAUUGCUUUUGCUAAAAAUGCUGUUGGAGAACUGGAAGAGUCACGAAAUACCAUUGAUGCUGACAAUGGAGGGCAUGCUCGACCACUCUCUGAUCAAGUAGUUGGUCUUUCUAAGGUCUCUGGAUUUAUUGAGUGGCUUUCCCUUCACCCUAUUGUGGCUGAAGCAGAUGACUUGAAUAAUGCUGAUGGAAAUGAAAGUUCUCAUAAAAUGAUAAUAUUUGCACACCAUCUCAAGGUCCUAGAUGGAUUGCAGGCCUUUUUUAUUAACAGAGGCAUUGCCUUUGUACGCAUUGAUGGUAAUGUACAAGAUGGUGUCAGACAAACAGCUGUCAAAUCAUUCCAGUCAUCAAAAGAGGUCAAAAUUGCAAUUAUCGGAAUUCAGGUUGGCUAUGCCGGACUUGAUCUUUCAGUGGCUCAGAAUGUGGUCUUCUUGGAGCUCCCCAAGGACCCAACGUCCUUGCAGCAGGCUGAGGACAGAGCACAUAGACGAGGGCAGACCAAUGCAGUUAACAUUUAUAUAUUCUGUGCAAAGGAUACAUCAGAUGAAUCUCGCUGGCGAAGGCUGAAUAGAAGCAUGCAAUGCGUUUCAUCUACAAUUGAUGGGAAGUACGAUGCAAAAAGAGAGAUUUUGGUCGAAAAUGUAUCCAACAUUGGACACAAGAAUUUGUACCAACGUGAUGAGUCAAACUAUGUGGCUUCCUCACUUGGAGAGCAUCAAACUGAUGAUAGUGUACAGCAUAGUGAAGCUCAUUAUGCUGUUGAUGUUAAGGCUGAUGAAAACAGUGAUAAGAUGGAUGAUUUAACUAAGGAUAACCCUGAUUGUUUGACUCUUCCUCAGAGCUCUGUCAAAGUGAAUGUGGAUUCAUUACGAUUUGUGGUGAGCCAAUAUACUGGAAGAGUUCACUUGUGCACUUAUCCCCCUGGAGAAGAUUCAACACCAAUAUCUUUAUUGGAAAAUUUUCGGUUAGAGGAUAUAUCUACUGAUUCUACUGCAUGGGCACCUGUCUUCAUCAAGAGGAAUCCAGCUUGCCAGACUGCUAUUCUGAGAUUCAUAAACGAAUGGAAGAACCUGAAACCCAUUGAAAAGAAAAAGUUGUCAAACAAGCCUUUGCAGCUUCCACUAGCCAUUGAACUAUUGCGUCUCUGUGGAAGUGACAGCCAUGAUAGUAAUGGACUUCUCAAAGGAGGGAGCAAGAGAAGGCAUACAUCACUGUCUCAAAUAAGUUACCCUUUACAAUCUAAUGCAGUGUUGAAGGAAGUUUGUCUUCGUGAUAGUAUCAGGAAGAAGAAACAGUAUUUACAGUGGUGGACACUUAUGGAUGAACCCCUAUGCAAGCUCUGCCAAAAUCCUUGCCAGGGUAUCAAUGCCAAGAAUCCGAAGGAUUUUUUAGAUCUUUUCUGUUCGAUUCCUUGUUAUGAAGUCUAUCGCUCAAGAACUAGUGGCAGAUUCCUUCGUCAGGAACUUUUUCAAGUCGAACGUGGUAUAUGUACGAACUGUCAACUGGACUGCCACAAGCUUGUCCAGGACAUGAAGCCAUUGACGACCGAAGAUCGUGAGAAGUAUAUUCAAAGAGAGGCACCACAAUUGACAAAGCACAAAAAACUGCUGGAGAACCUUGUUCGUGAUCCAAGUGAUGGCAACGCCUGGCAUGCAGACCACAAAAUUGCCGUGUACCUGGGAGGAGGUGAGUGCACUCUAGAAAACAUGAGGACACUAUGUGUUGCCUGUCAUGCUGAUGUUACUGCCGCACAACGCACUGAACGUUGUAUGGCCAGAAAGCUACUUAGAAAGGCCUUAACCAGCUUAAGAAGAAACGCUAAACAGAAUCAAACUUCUAGGAUUGCAGAAAACGAAGAUGAUGACGGCGAGUUACUGAUACAUGUACCUGGCAGCAAGUAUUCUGAAACAGUUGAACAGUAGGAAGAUGAUACAAGAAUCAAACAUCCCAAAAGCUCCUCUGAGAAUUGACAACUGAACUACAAUUCUGAAUCUUAAAGAGUAUAUUUUUCUGAACUCCAUAGCCAUCUUUUGAGUUUGUGAGUAUUACUACUGACUACCGAGUAUUUUACAGAAAGCAAAUUAAUUUUGGGGAAUUGAAUAUGAACAUAGUUGAGGUUUCCAGAACAGCAACUUAGAAUGAGUUAUUGUGGGAAACUUAUAGGGGGGUCGGAAAUUUAGCAACCCCUUAUACGAAACUAAAACCGUAGAAGAAAGGAGGAAAUUUGGGUGUAAUAGUUGUGUUGUAAUAGUUUUUAGUUUUAGAAAUCAGUGAUCAUUUGUAAUCAACUCAACUAAUCAUUGAAGGAAUGUAUCAUUUUUGAUUGUAAUAUUGAAAUGAAAUCUAAUAAUACUCCUUUUAAUUUAGAGCAAAUGUCCAAUUGUCUUUUUACA